GUAGGUUUAUUAUGUAACUUGACCGUUAGAUAUUCCGGAUGACAUUGUCGAUUUUGACGAAAAUGAUGCUGUUGCAAAAGAUCUAGCCGAUCCAGACAAGAGGAUUUCAAUAAUGGCUGCGGAUAAAGCCAUCAUGCCCAAUAAUGAGUUUUUCGACGAUCCAGAAGAAGGUUCUGGGCUUGGAGGCACCACACUUCGAUCAGGCAAAUCAGCUUCACGAGAUGUUCAGAAUCACCGAGACCAACCAAAACGCGCACGCACGGAUGAAGAUGCCAGUUCAUCCACCACGAAGCCAAGCAGUAAAGAAGGAAGUGGGUCUAAAAAGACAGAUUCUACUAGUGACAAGGUAAAAUCAGUUUGUCAUCACUAAUUUCUAUGAUUAAUUAUGAUAGUUAGAUGUUAUGCCUCCCAUUGUAGACCACUUCUUUAGUUAACUGUCAUCAUCGUACUAUUGAGAUGUGUCAAGUAAUUACUUUUUUAGGUAUGUAGUUUGUUAGUAUGUGUUGAAUGUCGCUCUUACCAGUGUUUAGAACUAAACAAUGAACACGAUUGGCAUUAAUAAAUGUACUGAUCCCCACAUGUUUCAUACUUCGGUACCUUUCAGGAUGUUUGGGUAGCGUAGUGAAGAUCGAUAUUCCUGUACCCAUUUUGAAAUGUAGUUGUUCAUGAUCUUUUCAUACUAUCUUCAAUAUGUUAUCUCUAGCACAAAAUUAGAAGACCUUCCUGAGAUCGCACGUGGAUACUUUCAUCUCGUUGACCACAUUUCCAAUUCAACCAAAUUACUAAUAAUAGAGCCAUAUUGUAUUUAUCAGCAAAUGUUAUCUGUUUAGUGACUUGAUUAGUUCAUGUUGGAGAGUUUGUAGUAGUAAUAAUCUGAGAUUCUAUUCAUCCUUCUUAAUCUGUGUAUAUUUCCCAUAACUGGUCAUUCUAGCGCUUCUUCUGUCUUAUUGUGUCCUACAAAAUAAGUAAAUAAUAUUUCAUAAACUGAUCAUUUGAUUUUCAUUGUUUGCUUGGUCGUUUACAACAUGCAGAUUUUGUUGUGGUCAUUAUGCUCAAACGAUUCAUUUAAGUUAUGCAUUCUCUUGGAAUUCACAUCAAUGAGAGUUGUUUUUUUCUCAUUCUUAUACACAAUUGAUCAGUGAGAGAUCUAAUAGAAUGGUACUUAACACUUCUGUUCGGUUUUAGGUUCAUGUGAUCUUAUCCUCGCUUUUAGGUAACCGUCUACCCAUUUCCAUUGCUAACUAAAUAUCUACAACACUGUCCAACUGAACUACUCAUUAAUUCUUUAUGACAAUUGCUUCAGUAAACCGUGGUAAUCCUCUGUUCACUAAUUGUCCUAAUCGUCG